GAUGUCCAUCUUGCAUUAGUCGUUUUCUAACCGGCCAAGAAGAAAACACCAACGCGAAAUGAAGUGCUCAGUCUCACUUAUCUUAGCCCUUGUUUUGAUCGCAGCUGAGGGCAAGGUUGUACCAGCCAGCGAUGUUGAAAACCAGCAAACCGGCACUCAAAUCGUUAAAGACUUAACUGAACACAUGAGGGAAGCCCAAAAUGCCAUCACUAAUUUGGGCGCUCAGAUCCAGGAACAUCUGCCCAACCAAGACGAAUUUUUUAACACACUUAAGGAGCAUAGCACUGGUUUAGUUAAUAAUAUCAAUGAAUAUCUCAAGAACGCAACCGAAGAGGUCAAGGCUAAGAGCCCGGAGUUGGAAAAUCUCUGGACAAACUUGAAGACUAAACUGUCUGAAGCUGUCGACAAACUGAAUAUUAAUCCCGAGACCACGGAACAAAUGAAUCAGUUGGGUGCCAAGUUCCAGGAGGGAGUUCAAACCAUUCUAACAGAGUCCGAGAAUACCGCCAAGACUAUCAGCGAAAACUCCGCAAAAGUGCAAGAGGGUAUCGCCAAGUUGACCAAGCAGGCAAUAGACAUCGCCGUGCAGGCUACUCAGAACUUGAACAAUCAGUUGCAGCAGGCAACAACGUCGCAACCGUAAAAUAAAAUAUAAUGUAUUACUCGCGUGCGAACAUCUUGAACAAACAUAUGCGAAAAAUCAAAUUUUCACUCAAUCAACACAAUUUCACAUUGUAUCAUAAACUAUAGCUAACAAAUGAUUAUUAAUAAAAGCGCUUGAAAUUA